GCAAAACCUUAGAGGGAAGAGCAAGGAGGAUGUAUUGGCUAUUAGGAAAGCGCAGAUUGCUGGCAGAAAAUGACAUCCUCUAAUAAGAUCUAAGAGCUCUGGGGAGUGUCUUGACAGAGAACCUGAGCUGGACAAAGCAGCCUUAAUCUGAGUGAGCUAACCAGCACCAUGAAAAUAUCAGGUGUCCUUCUGCUCCUCUCUCUGGCUCUUUUCAGCUUUUAUUCAGGUGUCUUCAGUCAAGGAGUUCAGAUUGACUGUGGUGAGUUCCAGGACCCCAAGGUCCACUGCACUCGAGAAUCUAAUCCCCACUGUGGUUCUGAUGGCCGGACAUAUGGCAAUAAAUGUACCUUCUGUAAGGCAAUGGUGAAAAGUGGUGGGAAGCUCAGCCUAAAGCACCCUGGAAAAUGCUGAAUCAGAACAAGCGUUUUCUGCUGACUUGCCAGCUCCCUCAUCCUUUUCUUGCCUCUGCUCUUACUUUUCUCUAGUGAAUCCCUUCAAUUUAUAAAGACACACCUUCUACUCUACCUUGAGCUUGGGGAGUUCAAUAUAUAUUUCCCUUGAUUCACUCGUCAAUAAAGUAAAUUCUAUAGAA